GUCCUUAGUCGGGAGGGGGCGCUGUGCGCAGGCGCGAGGUGACGCCGCGGCGGGGCCGGAAGGAGCGAGUCUGCGCCCUCGGUGGUAACGGCGCAGCUGCAAGCGUCGGUUGGGGGGCACAGAACGCGCAGCGCGGAGACCGCCUUGCGAACCGACCCUUUGCACAGAUGGUUACCAUGUUGAGAUACUAGCUGUCGCAUGUGGGUAUGCCUGCAUUUGAAAAUGGCAGAGGGAAAUAACAAUGAAGAAGUAAUUCACUUGAACAGUUUUCACUGCCACAGGGGACAAGACUGGAUCAGUCUCAGAGAUGGGCCCAUCACCAUAUCUGACUCCUCCGAUGAGGAAGGGAUUCCAAUGCUGGUCACCUCGGCUCCUGAGCAGCAUGAAGAGGACCUGGAUGAUGAUGUCAUCCUGACAGAAACAAAUAGACCUCAGACUUCACGACCCAAUCUCAUCAAACCAGCUGCCCACUGGCAAGAUAUGAAAAGAUUGGGAGAAGAAAGACCUAAAAAGUCUAGAGCAGCAUUUGAAUCAGAUCAGAGCAGCUAUUUUUCAGUGUGUAACAACCCAUUGUUUGAUUCUGGGGCACAGGAUGAUUCUGAGGACGACUACGGUGAAUUGCUGAAUUUUGGGCCUCCUGGAAUUUCUGAGUUCCCUAAGCCAAGAGGUCAAAAAGAAACAGAACCCAAACCUGGACCAAGUCAUAACCAAGCAGUAAACGACAUGGUCAACCCCAGAUCAGAGCAGAAAAUCAUUAUCUUUGGAAAAAGUGGCCUUCUUUUCCCAGAAAGUGAUCCUUUGGAUACUCAGAACCAAUCAUCUGAGGACUCAGAGACAGAACUUUUUCCAAAUCUGGGAGAAUCAACUGCCUUGGGGAGUGAUCAGGACAUUGAAGAAGACUGCUGGCUCAACCAUUCUUACUUACAACCUCUAAACCAACAGCCCCGCGAGGUAACCAACCAGGUUGUUCCCCAGGAACGACAGUCUAAAGGAGAACUGGGCCCCUUUCUGUUUGAGCAUGAAUUCCCAGCAUCUGCUUUUCUGAGGCCAGUGUUUCCAAGACCAGAACCCCAGCAAAAUAAGGUUUCAAGCACUGCUUCUCUUCAGCCUGCUCAACCAGUAAGAGAGCUUGAAGACCAACAGUUAGCAAUUGAUGACGAAGAGCCAGGGCCAGCCUUUCCCCUGCAAGGAUCUCAGGAGGCCAAUUUGGAAAACCUCUGGAGGCAAGAACCUCCUGGGGUAGAUCAAGAACUCAUUGCACUAUUAGUGAAAGAAACAGAAGCAAGAUUUCCAGAUGUAGCAAAUGGGUAUGUUGAAGAAAUAAUUCAUUUGAAGAAUUACUAUGAUUUGAAUGUACUUUGUAAUUUUCUUCUGGAAAAUCCAGAUUAUCCAAAGAGAGAAGACCGGAUCAUUAUCAAUCCCAGCAGCAGCCUGCUCGCGAGCCAGGAUGAUACAAAGUUGCCUAAAAUAGACUACUUUGACUAUUCAAAAUUGAGUCCACUUGAUCAGCGUUGCUUCAUCCAAGCUGCUGACCUCCUGAUGGCUGACUUCAAGAUGCUCAGCAGUCAGGACAUCAAGUGGGCCCUGCACGAGCUCAAAGGACACUAUGCAAUCACCCGAAAGGCCUUUUCCGAUGCCAUUAAAAAGUGGCAGGAACUAUCACCAGAAGCCAGUGGAAAAAGGAAAAAGAGAAAAGAAAUGAAUCAGUAUUCUUACAUAGAUUUCAAAUUCGAACAAGGUGACAUCAAAAUAGAAAAAAGGAUGUUCUUUCUGGAAAAUAAGCGGCGACAUUGUAGGUCCUAUGACCGGUGUGCCCUCCUUCCAGCUGUGCAGCAAGAGCAGGAGUUCUAUGAGCAGAAAAUCAAAGAGAUGGCAGAGCAUGAAGACUUUUUGCUUGCCCUGCAGAUGAAUGAAGAACAAUAUCAAAAGGAUGGCCAGCUGAUUGAAUGCCGCUGCUGCUAUGGGGAGUUUCCAUUUGAAGAACUGACACAGUGCGCUGAUGCUCACUUGUUCUGCAAAGAGUGUCUCAUCAGAUAUGCCCAGGAGGCAGUCUAUGGAUCUGGAAAGUCAGAGCUCAGCUGCAUGGAAGGAAGCUGCACGUGUUCCUUUCCAACCAGUGAGCUGGAGAAGGUGCUUCCGCAGACCAUCCUGUGCAAAUACUAUGAGCGGAAGGCUGAAGAGGAAGUUGCUGCAGCUUAUGCUGAUGAGCUUGUCAGGUGCCCCUCCUGCAGCUUUCCUGCUCUGUUGGACAGUGACGUGAAGAGGUUCAGCUGUCCUAACCCUCGUUGCCGGAAGGAGACCUGUAGGAAGUGUCAGGGCCUCUGGAAAGAACAUAACGGCCUCACCUGUGAAGAGCUGGCUGAAAAGGAUGACAUCAAGUACCGAACCUCUGUUGAAGAAAAAAUGACUGCUGCCCGCAUUAGGAAGUGCCACAAAUGUGGGACCGGCCUCAUCAAAUCCGAAGGCUGCAACCGCAUGUCUUGCCGCUGCGGUGCCCAGAUGUGCUACCUCUGUCGAGUGUCUAUAAACGGGUAUGACCAUUUCUGCCAGCACCCCCGCUCGCCAGGAGCCCCCUGCCAGGAGUGCUCGCGAUGCUCCCUCUGGACUGACCCCACCGAAGAUGACGAGAAGCUGAUUGAGGAAAUCCAGAAGGAGGCCGAGGAGGAGCAGAAGAGGAAGAAUGGAGAGAACACCUUCAAGCGCAUUGGGCCCCCACUGGAGAAAGCCCCCGAGAAGGUGCAGAGGAUGGAAAGUCUGCCCCGGCCCAUCCCGCAGAACCUGCCGCCACCACAGAUGCCACCCUACGCCUUUGUGCACCCGCCCUUUCCCCUGCCUCCCGUGCGGCCUGUGUUCAACAACUUCGCGCUCAACAUGGGCCCCGUGCCUGCGCCCUACGUGCCCCCUCUCCCCAACAUGCGCAUCAACUACGACUUCAGAGCUGUGCAUGUGCCUCUGGAGCACAACCUGCCCAUGCACUUCGGCCCCCAGCCGCGGCACCGCUUCUGACAGCUGGUGCCCUGGGAUCAAAGGGUAAAGACCCCCACGUAGACCCAGCUCUGUGCUGAACUUGGCAGCUUGGGGGUGGGGAUCCUUCCACACGGUCCCAGAAGGGGCCACUGCUCCUCUGAGGCUGGUGGCUUUUAGGAGGCGGUCUGACUCUCACUGGGCUGACAUAAGGGCAACAAAACACUCUUCACUGGUUCUGCCACCUUGGCAGCCAGCAGUAGCCCUGGCCAUGCAGAGGCCCUAUGUCUGCUGUCUCCAGCCCCUGCAAAAAAGGCAGAGGAAGUCAUCUGGCCCAUCCCCCCAGACAGCAGAACCACAGGCCUGUCCACAGCACAGCAAGGUCCCUGUGGAGACAAUGCAGCAAAUAGCAGUUUGCAGGGAGCUGGAGAUCUGAACAGGGAGUACGGCGGGAGCUGCCCUGGUACUCCCACUGUGCACGCGCAGCCUCAGGUCAGGGGUCCGGUGCGCUACUAUUUCUCAUUCAUCUUCUCCCAGAGCUGAGCUCUAGGUGCUGGGCAGCUGUGGGCAUUUCUCUUGAGCCCAGAGUCCGCACCUAAGGGCUUCCUCACCUAGCAGGUGAGGGGUGGCAGAGCCAUGUGCACGGACGGACCUAGGGCGCGUGGGGCAGGGUGCAGUGCUUGGCCCUCAGAAGCCCAGACCCCACUGCCACUGUGGCGCCCACUCAGGUGAGACAGCGCAGAGAACCAGUCUGUUGUUCAGGUUUUAUUGGGUUUGAGGGAGAAGGCGUUUUUGGUUUUUUGAGACAGGGUCUCACUAUGUAGUGCAGGCUGGCCUUCAACUAUGUAGCGCAGGCUGGCCUCAGACGCUUCUCCUGCCUCAGCCUCCCGAGUGCUGGGAUUAUAGCACCUGGCUUGUUUAAUUGUUGAUCUGAAGUUUUUCCUCCUGUUCACACACUUUGAGCUUUAGCCUGUGAGAGCUUCUUCCCUCAUCUCUGCAGGGUUAUGUGAAGGUGUCACCCACACAAGGCAGCAGCUGAGGGCUGGACGACCCAGACACUGAGACCAAAUGAGAGAUCUACUCUGGCGGCCACAUGGGCCUCCCCCACAGCAGCGGACCACGGCUGUUGCUUCCCUGCCUCCUGUGUGCUCCCCCAUAGUUAGCGGUGGAGACGGAGGCCAGGUCCUGACAGGGGUGAGUGCAGCUGUGCCUCCUGAGGCUGGAGGAGUCAGUCCUGGGCCUGCAUGGAGGGCCCUGCUGUGGGCCAGCGCCUGUGGCUGCUGCCCAGAGCGGUCCUCGCCCCUGGGAAGCUUGGCUUCAGCUGCUCAGUGGACAGCGAACAUGCCUGGUACUUUUUUUUAUCGCACAGUGAACAUCCUAGUCCUUGUCCUCUGGCCGUGGGGUUCUGGGAGAUGCCCAGGGUGGGUGGCAUCUACACUUGUUUCUUGGAUGUGUGUCAGACUAUAGGAUAAAGACCCAGACGUGUUCCUCCUGCCUCGGCUCAGGGUGAAGGCUUUGAGGCAGGCAGGUACCCUCCGCAGCGCUGCGCUCAAGGCCAGAAUGACAGUGCCUUGGAAAGGUGGGCUGCACCCCGAGUGACAGGACCCUCCAAGUACCCUCAAUGCAAACCGUGUUCUCCACUUUUCCCCUGGGAGAGAGAGGGCAGUAGUCAGCCCUGCAGGUGGGGAGGUAACCCCAAGCGCCAGUAGCCACCCUGCUGGGCUGGGGUCCCAGCUCUGCCCUGUUCCCCUCAGGUGGCUCUGUCCAGGGCUGAGGCAGGAUCCUUGGGCCGGGGUUAACAGUGACGUUCCUUCCAGCUGAGGCCAUGCCCAUGGAGAUGUCUCUCCAGAUGACCACCCCGGCUCCUCUCUCCUCCCCCUCCAAAGGCACCUGGCCCCGCACUGUAGCCUGUGGCUGCAAGCCGGCAGGAGCCUGCUGUCCCUCCUGGUACCUUAAUGUCCCGGCAGUGCUAGGAGAUGCCUGCACUGGAGCCCAGUAAAACCCGGGAGCACCAUUGCAGCUGGCGCCUAACCUCUGGUCUGGGGCCAGAGGCUGCCCAGCCACUGCCCCAAUUUAUUUGCCUUAAAACUGGAGAAGAAUCUAGUAUUUGCACUUAGCAAAAGAUUUAAAUCUGAAGGAAAGUAUGCAUGACCUGUCACUUUGUAUUAAAACAGCAAAAAAUAAAAAGGGUUAAGUAGUUUAUUAAAUGUUUUUCCUUUUGGUAGUAAAAAUAAAGUAACUGUUUAAACUGCUGUGUGUAAAAAGCCUGUAUCAUAUGUAACUUGAACUUUUGUAAAUAAAUAUUUGUGCAUUCA